AUGGCUGCCGCCGAGCCCAAGCCCCCCGCGAGGGCGGACGCGGCCAGGCUUCUGGCCCGGGGCUGCUGGUCGGCGUUCUGGGACUACGAGACACCCAAGGUGAUCGUGGUGAAGAACCGGCGCCUGGGCGUCGUGUACCGCGCGGUGCAGCUGCUCAUCCUGCUCUACUUCGUGUGGUACGUGUUCAUCGUGCAGAAGAGUUACCAGGACAGCGAGACGGGCCCCGAGAGCUCCGUCAUCACCAAGGUCAAGGGCAUCACCUUCUCCGAACACAAAGUGUGGGACGUGGAGGAGUACGUGAAGCCCCCCGAGGGAGGCAGCGUGUUCAGCAUCAUCACCAGGAUUGAGGUCACACCCGCCCAGACCCUCGGAACCUGUCCAGAGAGUAUGAGGGUCAGCAACGCCACCUGUGACUCGGACAAGGACUGCGUGGCCGGGCAGCUGGACAUGCUGGGAAACGGCCUGCGGACCGGGCGCUGCGUGCCCUACUACCAAGGCUCAGCCAAGACCUGCGAGGUGUCGGGCUGGUGCCCGGUGGAAGAUGGGGCCUCUGUCAGCCAAUUUCUCGGCAAGAUGGCCCCAAAUUUCACCAUCCUCAUCAAGAACAGCAUCCACUACCCUAAAUUCCAGUUCUCCAAGGGCAACAUAGAGCACCGGAAGGACGGCUACCUGAAACGCUGCACGUUUGACGAGGUCUCUGACCUCUACUGUCCCAUUUUCAAGCUGGGCUUCAUUGUGGAACAGGCAGGGGAGAACUUCACAGAGCUGGCACAUACGGGUGGCGUCAUUGGGGUCAUCAUCAACUGGGACUGUGACCUGGACCUGUCAGCGUCAAAGUGCAAUCCCAAGUACUCCUUCCGGAGGCUUGACCCCAAGCACGUCCCAGCCUCAUCUGGUUACAACUUCAGGUUUGCCAAAUACUACAAGAUAAACGGCAGCACCACCCGCACACUCAUCAAGGCCUAUGGGAUCCGCAUUGACGUCAUCGUGCAUGGACAGGCAGGGAAGUUCAGCCUGAUUCCCACCAUCAUUAAUCUGGCCACAGCACUGACCUCCAUCGGGGUGGGCUCCUUCCUGUGUGACUGGAUCUUGCUGACAUUUAUGAACAAAAACAAGGUGUACAGCCAUAAGAAAUUUGACAAGGUGUGCACGCCGAGACGCUCCCCUGGUAGCUGGCCUGUGACUCUGGCUCUUGUGUUGGGCCAGGCCCCUCCCCCACCCCAUCCCUGCUCUGCAGACCCAGGCCAGGCAGGCCAAGCUCUGGCUGCCCCGCCCCCAUGGCUUUGCCCCACCUCUGCCCCAUCCGAGCAGAUGGUGGACCCUCCUGAGCAGACUGCAGAACCAGAGCUGUCCACCUCCGAACCUUCCCGGCAGGACUCCACACUCACAGACCCCCGAGGUUUGGCCCAGCUCUGA